AUGGCGGAAGAGGGAUCAUCGGAGAGGGACAAUGGAGGGUUAGCGUCGAUGGAUUCGAUGGAAUCGAGGUGGGUGUUUCAGGACGACGAGGAAGAUUCGGAGAUCGAUGGCAAUGAUGAUGACNCGGAGAGGGACAAUGGAGGGUUAGCGUCGAUGGAUUCGAUGGAAUCGAGGUGGGUGUUUCAGGACGACGAGGAAGAUUCGGAGAUCGAUGGCAAUGAUGAUGACGAGGACGAUGACGAUUUGCCACCUCGGAAUGAAAUGGACUCCGAAGAUGACGAGAAUGCCGAGCAAAGACUGAUUCGUACUGGGCCUCGGAUUGAUUCAUUUGAUGUUGAAGCCCUCGAGGUCCCCGGUGCUCAAAGGAACGAUUUCGAGGACAUUAGUAUGGGCAGGAGAAUCAUACUGGUAUUUCAGACACUUGGGGUUGUCUUUGGCGAUGUGGGAACAAGUCCACUGUAUACCUUCAGUGUGAUGUUCAGCAAGGCCCCAGUUAAUGGAAACGAAGAUGUUCUUGGUGCACUGUCACUAGUUUUGUACACCUUAAUUCUGAUCCCACUGAUCAAGUAUGUCCUCAUCGUUCUCUGGGCUAAUGACGAUGGUGAAGGUGGUACAUUUGCUUUGUACUCAUUGAUUUGUAGGCAUGCUAAGGUCAGUCUUCUCCCAAAUCAACUUCCAUCUGAUGCUCGUAUAUCAAGCUUCAGGCUAAAGGUGCCAUCUGUGGAACUUGAGAGGUCUUUAAAGAUAAAGGAACGACUUGAAGCUUCGCCGACGUUGAAAAAGCUUCUUCUAAUGUUAGUGCUUGCUGGUACUUCUAUGGUGAUAGCUGAUGGCAUUGUUACCCCAGCAAUGUCAGUGAUGUCUGCUGUUGGUGGAUUGAAGGUUGGAGUUUCUGGGGUUAAACAAGAUCAAGUGGUCAUGAUUUCGGUUGCAUUUCUUGUAAUUUUGUUCAGUGUACAGAAGUAUGGCACAAGUAAAGUGGGGAUUGUAGUUGGCCCUGCCUUGUUCAUAUGGUUUUGUUCUCUUGGGGGAAUUGGCGUUUACAACCUUGUAAAAUAUGACACCAGUGUCUUGAGGGCAUUCAAUCCAGUUCACAUAUAUUACUUCUUCAAUAGAAACUCAACUAAUGCUUGGCGUUCUCUUGGGGGCUGUCUUCUGUGUGCAACAGGACAGACUUUAGCAAUCAAACAGUUGCGUAAUUCAGGUUCUGAGGCUAUGUUUGCAGAUCUUUGCUACUUUUCUGUGAGAUCAGUUCAGCUUACCUUUGUGCUUCUCGUACUGCCUUGUCUUCUCCUGGGAUACCUUGGUCAAGCUGCAUACCUUAUGGAAAACCAUAGUGAUACGACCCAAGCUUUCUUCUCUUCUGUUCCAAGUGGUGCUUUCUGGCCAGUCCUCCUUAUUGCUAACAUUGCUGCGUUAAUAGCCAGUCGGGCAAUGACGACAGCCAUUUUCUCUUGUGUUAAGCAAUCAACAGCACUUGGUUGUUUCCCUCGCCUUAAAAUCAUUCAUACAUCACGGAAGUUCAUGGGUCAGAUUUAUAUCCCCAUCAUGAACUGGUUUCUGCUUGUAUUUUCUCUGGUGUUAGUCUGCUCCAUCUCAAACAUUUAUGAGAUUGGAAAUGCAUAUGGCAUUGCUGAGCUUGGAGUGAUGAUGAUGACUACAGUCUUAGUAACUAUUGUUAUGCUUCUCAUUUGGCAAAUGAACAUCAUUAUUGUGCUGACUUUUGCUAUUGUUUUCUUGGGGUUGGAGCUGACAUUUUUCUCAUCAGUUUUAUGGAGUGUGGUAGACGGAAGUUGGAUUAUAUUGGUGUUUGCCAUUGUCACAUUUCUAAUAAUGUACAUCUGGAAUUAUGGGAGCAAGAUUAAGUAUGAAACUGAAGUCAAGCAAAAAAUGUCGAUGGACUUGUUACGGCAACUGGGUUGCAAUCUUGGAACAGUCAGAGCUCCUGGCAUUGGCUUACUCUACAAUGAGCUGGCGAAGGGCAUACCAGCAAUAUUUGGACAUUUCCUGACCACCCUUCCAGCUGUCCAUUCCAUGAUCAUCUUCGUGUGUAUAAAGUAUGUUCCUGUUCCUGCAGUGCCUCAGAGUGAAAGAUUCCUGUUUCGACGGGUCUGCCCAAAAAGCUACCACAUUUUUCGUUGUGUUGCCAGGUAUGGCUACAAGGAUGUUCGCAAAGAAAACCACCAGACCUUCGAGCAGCUGCUGAUUGAGAGUCUUGAGAAGUUCAUUCGCAGGGAAGCCCAAGAACGGUCAUUGGAGAGUGAUGGUGAUGACGACUCAGAUUCUGAAGAAGAGUCCUCUUUCUCAAGAUUUCUAAUAGCUCCCAAUGGCAGUGUCUACUCACUCGGUGUUCCUCUCCUGACUGAGUUCAAGGACACAAGCAAGCCCAUUUCAGAAGCAAGCACUUCAGAGGAGGUGAAAUCAGAGCCGCCCACAGAUCCAAAUAUGCCUGAUGCAGAGCAGUCUCUCGAAAAGGAGCUAUCUUUUAUACGCAAGGCCAAGGAAUCUGGGAUGGUUUAUCUUCUUGGUCAUGGAAAUAUUAGGGCAAGGAAGGAUUCCUGGUUCAUUAAGAAGCUGGUCAUAAAUUAUUUUUAUGGUUUUCUGAGAAAGAACUGCAGAAGGGGGACUGCAAAUUUGAGUGUGCCCCACUCCCAUCUGAUUCAGGUGGGAAUGACUUACAUGGUUUAAAGUCCGAUGUUGCAACCAUAGGAAAAUUUUCAUCUACUUUGGCACCAAGGGUCUUGACUGAAAAGCAAUUUGGUUCCCCAAAGGCCAGGGGCGGCUGGACUUCCUUUUCUGUUGCUGCCAUACAUACAUGACUAAACGGAACAGUUGCAUCGCCAUGCCUAGCUCAUGUGUUGGCCGAAUUUUGAGCCCCCUCACCUUCUCAGUUGGAAAGUUUUGCAAUUUUCCUCCUUGAUUGUUCAUGUAGAAGUUGUGUUAAUGCGCUUUUCAUAAUGCAGUUUUACAAUGUGCUUGCUCUUAGUGGAAUAUUGUAAUCCAAAAAAAAAAAAAUAGAAAAUUGAUUUUUGUAUAAUUUUCUUAGCAAGAUAUUCACACGAGGAUCGUCAAUGUCCAAUAUUCCUUUUUUUGAUCUGAAUCAUUGACCAGUUCCAUUCCAUUGUUUUGUGCAAAGCUGUAAUUUCUG